CUGGGUGCGGUGAAGGCGGGCGGGGGGCUUUAUCCUCAAGUCCUGUGGGUGGGGCGGCGGACUGGGACUCGGGCGUCUAGGGCAUGCCCUAGUGAGCUGGCUUCGGGGGCGAGUCCAGGGCGCUCCGGGCGCCUGCCGGUUUGGGGGUGUCUCCUCCGGGGGAGCCAUGGCGGCGCUGGCCAGUAGCCUGAUCCGGCAGAAGCGGGAGGUCCGUGAGCCCGGGGGCAGCCGGCCAGUGUCGGCGCAGCGGCGCGUGUGUCCCCGCGGCACCAAGUCCCUUUGCCAGAAGCAGCUGCUCAUCCUGCUGUCCAAGGUGCGACUGUGCGGGGGGCGGCCCGCGCGGCCUGACCGCGGCCCGGAGCCUCAGCUCAAAGGCAUCGUCACGAAACUGUUCUGCCGCCAGGGUUUCUACCUCCAGGCGAAUCCCGACGGGAGCAUCCAGGGUACCCCAGAAGACACCAGCUCUUACACCCACUUCAACCUGAUCCCUGUGGGGCUCCGUGUGGUCACCAUCCAGAGUGCCAAGCUGGGUCACUACAUGGCCAUGAACGCUGAGGGGCUGCUCUACAGCUCGCCACAUUUCACAGCUGAGUGUCGCUUUAAGGAGUGCGUCUUUGAGAAUUACUAUGUCCUGUAUGCCUCUGCUCUCUACCGCCAGCGUCGUUCUGGCCGGGCCUGGUACCUGGGCCUGGAUAAGGAGGGCCGAGUUAUGAAGGGAAACCGAGUCAAGAAGACCAAGGCAGCCGCCCACUUUGUGCCCAAACUCCUGGAAGUGGCCAUGUACCGGGAGCCUUCUCUCCACAGUGUCCCUGAGACCUCUCCUUCCAGUCCCCCUGCCCCCUGAAGUAUAGUCCCUGGACCGAAGGCUCCCUGCAGCUGCACUGAGCCAGCCAUCACCACAGCCUGACUUCCAGCCCUCUUCCUGGCCCUGCUCUUACCCCCCUGCCACACUCAUGUCCUCAGUAGCCAGGUCCCUCCAGGUGCUCUACGCUGACAGAACCUAGAGACUGGCAGUGACUUCUGGGGCUGCUGAGACCUGUAGAUCCUUUGGAGCAGGGAUGACCGAAAAUAGCUUUGACCGAUCACUUUUUUCCUUUCACACGCACAUACCCUCCAAGCCUUUUCCUGAGGUGGCACUGGAGGGUUCCCAAACUGACAGAACCAAGGUAUAAAUACUCCUCAGCACAGGCUCCACCAGGUUCUGGAGUCUUAUGCCCUUUUCAUUGCCACUGAGCCAUAGAUUUAUAGGUCCACUUGAGCUCAGGAUUAGUUUCCUUCUUUCCCGACUCCACCUUCUGCCUUGUUCUGGACAGGUUCUAGACUCCAUGCAUACCAGUCAGGACCAUUUCUGUAUUAGGGCUCUGUACUGGAAUGCAGAUAUUCUGCCGGGCUCUGUUCUGGAUCCAUCGGGCUUCUGUCCUUGACCCAAACGGACCCUUAGUUUUCAAGAAGAGAGAAGCUGUAUUUGAAUCCUGUCCAGCUAUUGGCUUUGGCCUGAACUAGGACCAGUCUUAGAUGACCACAAGUUUGACUUUCUCUUUUUUUAAUUAAAAAAAAAAUUGGGCCACACCCGGUGCUCAGGGGCUACUCCUGGCUGGGUGCUUGGGGGUCGCUCCCGGCGGUGCUCGGGGAACCAUGUGGUGCCGAGUAUUAAACCUGGACCUCCUGCAUGCAAGGCAUGUGCUCCCACACACUGAACUAUCUCUCUAUUCCAAAUCUAACCUUCUUAUCCCAGAGACACCCAAUUCCAGAUUAUGGUGUUCUAAGAAACACAAGGAGCCAAGCUUCCUUCUGAAUCUCAGCGCUAGUAUAUAGACCACAAUCCUUUGUCCUUCCCUCCAGGAUUGGACUGGAGCCAAUAUAGCCAUAUUAUUGCUCUAGAGUAAAUUCUAGACCCAGCCUCCCACAUUCUCUAAUGAUAU